GGAAAAGCCUGUGCGUUGGUUCUGUUUCCAUAGAGGAGCAGCAGGAAGCUAGAUAUCCAUCUACCGCUUCGGCCAUUCGCUUCGCAGCGCCGGGUUUCAACCGAAAGACAGGUCGUACAUGAGGGUUGUUGGCAUCGACACAAAGACCGGAGCUUAGCCGCGCCGCUACAAAGUGCUGCACUCAUGGAUUCGUUUCAGAAGGUGGAAAAGAUCGGAGAGGGCACGUAUGGAGUGGUGUACAAAGCCAAAAAUAAAGUCACCGGAGAGACGGUUGCCCUCAAGAAGAUCAGACUGGACACGGAAACAGAGGGUGUUCCGAGUACAGCCAUUCGAGAGAUUUCCCUUCUCAAAGAACUCACUCAUCCAAACAUCGUCAAGUUGCAGGAUGUAAUCCACACAGAAAACAAGCUCUACCUGGUUUUUGAGUUCCUGCACCAGGACCUGAAGAAGUUCAUGGACUCUUCAUCUGUGAACGGCGUCCCGCUGCCUUUGAUCAAGAGUUAUCUCUUCCAGCUUCUGCAGGGAUUGGCGUUCUGCCAUUCCCACAGGGUCCUUCACCGCGACUUGAAGCCCCAGAAUCUCCUCAUCAACGCCCAGGGUGAGAUCAAGCUGGCUGACUUUGGCCUGGCAAGAGCCUUCACUGUACCUGCCCGCCAGUACACUCACGAGGUGGUAACACUGUGGUACAGAGCACCAGAAAUCCUCCUGGGCUGCAAGUAUUACUCCACAGCUGUUGACAUCUGGAGCCUCGGCUGCAUCUUUGCUGAGAUGCUCACCAGAAAGGCCUUGUUCCCCGGAGAUUCUGAGAUCGACCAGCUUUUCCGAAUCUUCCGCACCCUGGGAACGCCUGAUGACAACAUCUGGCCCGGUGUUACGUCCAUGCCAGACUACAAGCCAACGUUUCCCAAAUGGGCUCGACAGGAAUUGAACAAAGUGGUUCCUCUUCUUGAUCAGGAUGGGAGAGACCUGCUCGGGGAGAUGCUCCAGUACGAUCCAAUGAAAAGGAUAUCUGCCAAAAAUGCUCUUGUUCACCGGUUCUUCCGGGAUGUGACCAUGCCGCUACCACAUCUGAGGAUUUGAAUGUUGGAGUACUUCUGGCUUCUACAAGUUUCCGAUCGUUUGAAGAGUUCUGAAGCAGAAUUUGUUUGGUGAUGGAUAUAAUUGUCUUUUUGUAAUUCUCCAAUGUUCAUUGUAUAUUUAUGUGAGUUGCCAUACUUGUAAAUGUUGUCUGUGAUUGGGGGUGUCCUUCGAUCAUACCCCGAUAUCUUCCCAAGGUCUGAGAAAGAGAGCCGGAUAUUGAGAUGAAAAGCUAAAUUGAACACGCAGGAUGUAAACCGUUGAGUCUUUCGGGACAGUGCAAAUAUCAAAGUGUUUAUCAGUAGUUUAGCUCUAUAGGUAAAAGAAUGUUCCAAACUGAAGUUUUCUUUUCGUACUGGGAAGUUCAAUGUAAAAUGUUUAAAGUUUUGAAUCCAGUUUUAGUCAUUCAUAUGCUGUUGCAUCUUUCUUAUGGUAGAUUUUAUCUGCAAUUCAUGCACAGUUUUUUAUAAAUAUUUUGAGAAAA